AGAAAACGAGAAUGCCUUCUGUUCGGUAUUUAUCCUUCCAAUGCUAAUUCAGCAAGGAACUUCGAAUUAUUCACAUUUCUAAGUCGGCCCGGCCCCCCCUUGGCGAAAUCAUUGCCUUCUCUCAAUUUCUUGAUCUGUUGCCGUUGCCGUUGCCGUUGCAGGUUCUCUGCGUCCACGCCUCCGGCUUCGCUUGGAUUUCGGCUCUUUGAUUGAUGCGCUCCUGGAUUUUUUAAAAUCCAGGUUUGAGGCUAAAUUUGACUUUAUUAGGACGAGAAACUUCAGUAGCUCUGAUGAGUUAUAUGUCAGUUAUACAAGAUUCAGGAACUGAGUCAUUUUGACUGAUUCCAUCUAUUAUCCUGACUCUUCACUUACUCCAUUUCGCAACAUAUGUUGUUUAAAGAUACAAAGUUGCCUCACAUGAUGCUGUUUUGGAAACUUCAAGAUCGUUCUGCUUCUUUGGUGGGUAUAUAUAUAUGGGCUGAAGUGUGCUUUUCAUGGGAGGUGUAGAGGAUGAUGGGCCACCCUCAAAACGUGUGAAAGUGUCCUCUGAAGAAUCAAGAGGUCUUUCCAACGGUGUCUCUGUUAGAGAGCAAGGAACUUGCUCAUUGAGUGGCUCAAUGGCUCGGCUGAUAGUAUCUCAAGAUGAUGAGGAAACUGUUGGUUCAAAAGGUGUCAUUAAGAAAGUUGAACUUGUUCGCAUUAUAUCUGAGGCUUUAUAUUCUCUUGGCUAUUCAAAUUCAGGGGCACGUCUAGAGAAAGAGUCGGGAAUACCCCUACACUCAUCCCUAGUAGAUUUGUUUAUGCAGCAGAUUGUUAAUGGUCAAUGGGAUGAGAGUGUUGCAACAUUACAUGAUAUUAACCUAAUAGAUGAAACCAUAAUUAAGUUGGCAUCAUUCGUGAUAUUGGAGCAGAAAUUUUUUGAACUUCUGGAUGGUGGAAAAGUCAUGGAUGCUUUGAAGACUUUGAGGAGUGAGAUUUCACCACUCUGUAUAAAUGAUGACAGAGUGAGAGAGUUGUCUUAUUUCAUUUUAUCACCAGCACGGAAUUUACUUGAUGGAUCUUCUGGUCAAGAAACAAGGGUCAAGUCUCGAAAAAAGCUACUGGAGGAACUGCAGAAAUUGCUUCCUCCAACAGUGAUAAUUCCAGAACACAGGUUGAUACAUCUUGUUGAACAAGCGCUUGACUUGCAAAGGGAUGCAUGUAGAUUUCAUAAUUCUUCUGUUGGUGAAAUGUCAUUACUCACUGAUCAUCAUUGUGGAACAGAUCAAAUUCCCUGUCAGACAUUGCAGAUAUUGAAUGAACACAAUGAUGAAGUAUGGUUUUUGCAAUUUUCUUAUAAUGGGAAGUUCCUGGCAUCAUCAUCUGGAGAUGGUCUUGUGAUUGUAUGGGAGGUUAAGGACAAUGGUCAGCUUUGCUUAAAACAUAGAUUAUCUGGUCACCAGAAGCCAGUUAACUAUAUUUCAUGGAGCCAGGAUGAUCAUCAACUUCUUACUUGCGGUGUAGAAGAGGCAGUUAGACGAUGGGAUAUUGCAUCUGGUGAAUGCCUCCAUGUAUAUGAAAAAAAUGGUCUUGGUUUGGUUUCUUGUGGAUGGGCUGUAGAUGGGAAGAGUAUAUUUUCUGGAGUUACUGAUAAAAGCAUCUGUAUGUGGGAUCUAGAAGGGAAAGAACUUGAAUGUUGGAAAGGGCAGAAAACUAAUAGGAUUGCAGACUUGGGAAUCACUGCUGAUGGCAAAGAGCUUAUAACUGUUUGUAAAGAGACCACAAUAAUGCUAUUUGAAUGGGAAACAAAAUCUGAGAAAUUCAUUGAAGAGGACCACCCCAUAGUUUCAUUUGCACUAUCUGGAGACCGAAAGUAUUUACUUGUUAGUCUAUUCAAUGAAGAGCUUCAUCUUUGGAAUAUAGAUGGCCAUAUGAAGCUAGUGGCAAAGUUCAUAGGACAUAGACGAUCUCGUUAUGUUAUAAGGUCAUGUUUUGGUGGACUGAACCAAGCAUUUAUUGCCAGUGGAAGUGAGGACGCACAGGUUUACAUAUGGCAUCGACUCUCGGGAGAGCUGAUUUUAACUUUGCCUGGACAUUCGGGUGCUGUGAACUGUGUUAGCUGGAAUCCAUCAAAUCCCCACAUGCUGGCUUCAGCAAGCGAUGAUCGAACCAUUCGCAUAUGGGGAUUAAAUAGGGUAAAUAUGAAUUCUAAUGGGUUGCAUAGUAAUGGCAAGCACUGCUGCAAUGGAAAGUCUUGAGAAGUCUCAAGGAGUUAACCACCAGCCUGUUAGGCACCCACCCGACAUCGAUGUUGUGUAAAUCCUUGUACUUUUUAUGUUAAUCAAACGUUGGUGAAUGCAAGAGAUACUGAACUUGCAUUUAACACAACUCAUCUCAACUCUAUACAUUUCAUUUUACUAUAUAUUUGCUGGUAAAUUCUUUCA